GUUCUGUCAGUUCGCUUCACGUGUAUUGGAAUUGGGAUGGAGGGUUUUGAGAAACUCGGACUUUCUUCUUGGCUAAUUGAACAGUGCAAGCAGCUGGGAAUAUGCAAACCCAGCCCUGUCCAGGAGAACUGUAUUCCGGCCAUAAUGGACGGCCGGGACUGCAUGGGCUGUGCCAAAACUGGCAGUGGGAAGACAGCUGCAUUUGUGUUGCCUAUUCUGCAAAAACUCUCUGAGGAUCCUUUUGGAAUAUUCUGCUUGGUGAUCACGCCGACCAGGGAGCUAGCAUAUCAGAUUGCAGAACAGUUCCGUGUGUUGGGGAAGCCACUGGGUUUGAAGGAUUGUAUAAUAGUUGGAGGAAUGGACAUGGUAGCGCAAGCUUUGGAAUUGUCCAGAAAACCGCAUGUUGUUAUUGCAACUCCUGGUCGUCUGGCAGAUCACAUCCGGAGUUCAAACACGUUCAGCAUUAAGAAGAUACGUUUUUUGGUUCUAGACGAAGCUGACCGGCUCUUGGAGCAGGGCUGCACAGACUUUACUAAAGACCUUCAGGUGAUCCUGGGAGCUAUUCCUGCACAGCGACAAACCCUGCUCUUUAGUGCGACUUUGACAGACACUUUACAGGAGCUGAAAUCAAUUGCAAUGAACAAGCCCUUCUUUUGGGAAUCCACUUCAGAGGUGCGGACUGUAGAGCAAUUAGAACAGAGAUACGUUCUGGUACCUGAAAAAGUGAAGGAUGCCUAUUUGGUGCAUCUCAUCCAGAAGUUCCAGGAUGAACAUGAAGAUUGGUCAAUUAUGAUCUUUACCAACACCUGCAAAAACUGUCAGAUUCUCAACAUGAUGCUGCGUGAGUUCAACUUCCCGUCUGUGGCUUUGCACUCCAUGAUGAAACAGAAGCAAAGAUUUGCUGCACUUGCUAAGUUUAAAUCAAGUAUCUUCAAGAUUCUCAUUGCAACUGAUGUUGCCGCCAGGGGGCUAGAUAUUCCUACAGUUCAAGUUGUGAUUAACCACAACACUCCUGGCCUGCCUAAAAUUUACAUCCAUCGCGUGGGCCGCACAGCAAGAGCUGGACGGAACGGAUUGGCCAUAACAAUGGUCACCCAGUAUGACAUUCAUCUGGUGAAUGCAGUCGAGGAACAGAUCAAUAUGAAACUACAAGAGUACCCAGUGAAGGAGAGCGAAGUGCUGAAAAUUCUCACCCACGUCAAUGUGACCCGUCGAGAAUGUGAAAUUAAACUGGAAUGCACAGACUUUGAUGAGAAGAAGGAGAUAAACAAGAGGAAGCAACUUAUUCUAGAAGGGAAGGACCCAGACUUAGAGGCAAAAAGGAAAGCAGAGCUGGAGAAAAUUAAGAAGCAAAAAAAGAAAUUCAAAGAGCAUAUCCAGGAAACUAUGCAGAAGAAGCGAGAUGCCCAGAUACGCAGGAAACUCAAGAAAAAAUUUCUGAGACAAGAAAAGAAGGCAGCUAAAGUUCAACAGUGACCUGCCUUACAUGGAGGCAUUGGUCCAAGAAUGACUGUGCCAGAGGGUAGAAGCCAAAAGGACGUAGGCUGUCUCACCUAGACUUGUAAAAUGCCUGGCUUCUCUGUUGGAGAUCAGGAACCAAAGAUGAGCCCCUUCCAAUGCCACCGGCUCAUUUGUUUGGCUUUUUAUGCAGCUGUUUAAGUCUUUCUUCCUGAACCAUUGCAAUCAAAAGGAACAGACCUAUAGUUUCUUAGCGCCAUAAAUUGGGUUACGGAACAACCAUACCUAGGCCAUGAUUUGGCUCCUGAUGGGGCUGUUUUGUGGAGCUGCCAAAUCAAUUAACCUAAAUGUCACUGAUGAUGUACACAAAGUAGAAUGCGGCCUCUAUUCAUCUUGAGAGAGUGUUUUUUUUUUCUAAAUAUGUGCAUUAUAUAUGCAUUAUAUGAGCAUAAUGUAAUUUUCUUUUGUGUGAAUGAAGUCCCUGAAGGGUCAUGAAUGAAGCAAAACUUAAUAAAAUAAGUAAAAGAAACGGAUCUUCAUUGGUAGCAUAUAAACUUCUACAGACACAGGAGACCUAAGCUCUACAUAAUUUUAGGUGGCGCACCAUGCAAGGAUGCUUCAUUACGUUACACUUCGCAUCUAUAGAAAUGUAAAAAUAAGUGUUGAUGAGAUUGUUCCUAAAUUCUUGAUCAUGUAUUUGAUAUUUGUGCAUGAGCAUCCAGUACACAGAGGUUUAUUAACACAA